AUAUAUAUACCACUUGGAGCAAACUGCGCUUGUCGGGAGGAGUGACUUUGUAGAAAACUAUAAAAAUAACUGUAUCAUCUUUUAGUCUACUUCUGUAAGAUUGAGACCAUCGUACCACUCACCCUGAGACAAUUCAAAUGAUGGUAAACCUGGACUGUAACUAUAACUUGCAUCCAUGUAGAACAUAAUACUACUGAACAUUCUAAGUGAACCAAGUAAAGGGAGGAUGGGUAAGCGGAAGGAAGGGGAUGAGAAGGAACUGAUGCAUAUAUGAGAGAGGCGUUUCCUGCACCUUCACUCUGUGGGGGUGUCUGUGUAUGAUUGUGUUGGCUGUUUCUCGAAAGAUCAAAGUAUCUGACGUUCUUUUAAUUUAAAAUUGCUUUAAGUAUAAGAAGUGGCAAAUACCACUAGUUAGUACAGAUCAGCUGGUGAGGGCAAGCAGAGCACUGUGGACAGCAGCAACUCAAGCAGAAUCAACCAGACAUAUACUGAUAACGAAUAUAAUAAUUUGUAUGAAGUUUUUUGUCCAGAAUGUUUUAAUAUGAUGAGCAAUGCUGUGAACAAGAUUUCUCUGGUCUUCUUCUACCUGACCUUGAUCCUCGGUGUUCCUGGAAAUGCAUUUGUCGUGUAUGUUGCUGGAUUGAAGAUGAAGAGGACUGUUACUACAGCAGGGUUUCUUAAUCUAGCGAUUGCUGACCUCUUGUGCUGCCUUUCCACUCUUCUUCAUAUUACCAACAGGGCUAUCGGCAACUGGCCAUUUGGAUCCGUAAUGUGUAAGAUUUUCCCCUUCUUUAUGUACAUCACCAUGUUUGCCAGCGUUUUCACACUGAGCUUUAUUAGUCUGGAUCGGUUUACUCUGGUGAUCACACCGGUUUGGGCUCAGAAUCAUCGCAGCUUGUUCAUCGCACGACUGUCCUGUGCAACAGCUUGGAUUCUGGCUUCAAUUCUUUGUGUGCCUUUUAUGUUCACUAAUACUUUCACAUUUGAUAACAAAACAUACUGCAUGUAUGUUGGCAGGAUUGACUUGCAUAGAAGUUUUAGCAUCAUCAGAUUUGUGUUUGGCUUUUUAGUUCCUCUCAUAUGCAUCACAACAUGUUACGGAUUCAUCGCUCACAAGUUAGGCAGGAGUCAAUUUCACUCUGGACGAGCGUUUCGUAUCAUGUCUGCUGUAAUCGUGGCCUUUUUUCUGUGCUGGCUGCCAUAUCACAUAGUAGUUUUGUUAAAAAUCUAUGGAGAGAAAUCCAGUUCCUCUGUGGCUUGGGCAGUGUUUCCGUUGACCUUCUCUUUGGCGUAUUUCAACAGCUGUCUGAACCCCAUUCUGUAUGUUUUCAUGGGGCAGGAUUUUAAGAGCAAUGUUAAACUUUCUCUAAGACGUGUUUUUGAAAGAGUUUUCUCUGAGGAGGGAACACAAGCAUCACAAUCCACACAGCCACAACACACACACUCAGUGUAGUGAAGAUAUCAGAACAUUUAUUCAGAGAUUUCUGGUUUAUUUUUAUUACUAUUCUAUUAAUGUUGUUCUAAUUAUUUCAUUUUUAAUUCAUCAACUUGAAAUCAGCAAGUCAUCUAACUCUUAUUCAUUAUUCCUGUGUUUCUCUCUGUAUUGUUGAUGUAUUUUCAGUGAUUGGUGAUUUGUGAACUAUCGUCAAAGCUUAACAUCACAGUGAUUGAAUACUGGUGCUUGAUUCACUUUUUGGUCGCUAAAAAGCUUGUAAUAUUUCACCAAUAAUGGCAUUUGGUUUCUAUGCUGAAUUCAUGAAGAACAAAAAUAAUUUAAAGCUUUUAAUUGUGAAUAUAUCAAAAACAGCUUUUAUUUUACUCUGCCUUAUCUCAGUGAUUUAGUCAUUUUGGUGUUUUUCUACUUUAGUGUUAUGGAGUUAUGUAGUUGAUUACUCAGAAGCAAAGUGUAUGAUGUAUAAACAUUGAAUUUAAAUAUAAAA